AUGGAGAUGAUAGCCUGUAAUGAAUCCAAAGGCUCCUCGACCAUCUUCUACCUGGUGGGCCUCCCCACCUUACCUGCAUCCCUCUUCCUCCCAGUCUUCUUUAUAUUCCUCUUCCUCUACCUGCUCAUCCUGGUGGGCAAUGCUCUCAUCCUGGUGGCAGUGGUGGCAGAGCCCAACCUCCACAAGCCCAUGUACUUCUUCCUGCUCAACCUCUCAGCCUUGGACAUCCUUUUUACCACGACUACUGUCCCCAAGAUAUUGUCCCUUCUCUUGCUUGGGGACCGUUUCAUCAGCUUUCCUGCCUGCUUCCUACAGAUGUACCUCUUCCACAGCUUCUCUUGCACUGAAGCCUUCAUUUUGGUGGUCAUGGCCUAUGACCGUUAUGUCGCUAUUUGCCACCCUCUGCACUACCCUGUCCACAUGACCCCCCAAAACAAUACUGCAUUGGCAGCCAGUGCCUGGCUCACAGCUCUCCUCUUGCCCAUCCCUGCAGUGGUACAGACUUCAAACAUGGCUUUUGACAACAUCACCCACAUUUAUCACUGCUUCUGUGACCACUUAGCUGUGGUCCAGGCCUCCUGCUCAGACACAACACCACAGACCUUCAUGGGCUUCUGCAUUGCCAUGACAGUGUCCUUUCUGCCCCUUCUCCUGGUGAUUCUCUCUUAUGCCCACAUCUUGGCCUCAGUGCUUCGUAUCAGCUCUCGAGAAGGACGCUCCAAAGCCUUCUCUACCUGCAGCUCUCACCUCCUCGUGGUUGGUACCUACUACACAUCCAUCGCCAUUUCCUAUGUAGCCUAUAGGGCUGACCUGCCACUCGACUUUCAUAUCAUAGGCAACGUGGUGUAUGCCAUUCUCACUCCUGUUCUAAACCCCCUUAUCUACACCCUGAGAAAUAAGGAUGUCAAAACAGCCAUCACCAAAAUGGCAUGUUCUUGA